AUGACUAAGUCGGAUACUACGAGAUUUGUGGUUAAAUGCCGAGGAACCAAAGACGGGUGCAAGUGGUUUGUGCGAGUUGCAAAGCUAAAGAAUACAGAUCUUUGGAAGGUUAGAAGUUACAUCAAGCAGCAUACAUGUUCUGUUGUUACUACAAGAACACUGCCUGAUAGAAGGAAAGGCACAUCACAAAUCGUUGCAUCUGUUUUGGCUCAAGAUUAUCCUGGUACAUUUGACACACCAGUUCCCAAAGUUCUGAUCGAUUUGGUUCAUCGAAGGGUUGGUGUGCAUGUAUCAUACAACUCAGCAUGGAGAGGAAAAAGAGAAGCUGCUAAUGAAGUGCGAGGAAGUCUAAAAGAGAGUUUUACUUUAUUAUACUGUUAUAUGCACAUGCUGGAGCAGAAAAAUAUUGGCACAAGAACUCGUGUGGUAGUGGAUGAGGCCAACAAAUUUAAGUAUAUGUUUUUUGCCCUGGGAGCUAGCAUAGAAGGAUUCAGUGCGAUGAGGAAAGUCCUCAUUGUGGAUGGAACACACCUCAAGAAUGUUUAUGGUGGAGUUCUCCUCGUUGCGACUGCUCAGGAUCCUGAUCAUCACCACUACCCAAUUGCGUUUGGUGUAGCAGAUGUCAGUACGCUAGUGUUCCCUGAGGCGGAACAUGGGUAUUGUAUAUGGCAUUUGUCUCAGAAUGUUAAAACCCACGUCCAUAACAACAAAGAUACUUGUGCGUUCAAGUUUAGAGAAUGCGCACACGCUUAUACGGAGGCUGAGUUCAAGUACCUUUAUCAUGCUUUUCGCCGGAAGUAUCCUAGUGCAGCAGCGUAUCUUGACAAAAGUGUUGAAGAGAAGAAGUGGGCUAGAUGUUACUUCAGAGGAGAUAGGUACAAUGUUGACACCACCAAUUUAGUAGAAUCUUUUAAUGGUGUUAUUAAGGAAGCGAGAAAGUAUUCCUUACUACCAAUGUUUGAUGUUAUCAUUGCGAAAAUGUCUGAAUGGUUUAACAACCAUAGGAAGGAGGCAGCUGAAAUACCAUACACACUGAAGGUUCUGCCUAUUUUGGAAACCGAAAUGUCUAAAAUAUGUGUUGAUGCGGGGUUUCUUACAAUUGACGAAUUAAACAGCUUCCAUCUUGAGUACAAUGUGCAUGGUACUGACGGCAAGUUUUAUACUGUUGAUAUGGCUAGGAAUACUUGCAGUUGUGAACAAUUUGAUAAAGACAAAUACCCUUGUGUGCAUGGAGUGGCUGCUGCCACAUUCAUGUCUAAGGCAGCGGGAAGGGAACUCCAUCUAUCAGAGUAUUGUUCAAAAUACUAUUUGGUGGAGCAAUGGGCUUUGGCUUAUCACAGGACCAUAUAUCCUGUUCCUCAUAUGUCUGAUUGGGUUAUACCAGAAGAUGUUAAAGCAAAGAAAAUACUUCCUCCAGAUUUUGACAAGAAAAAAGUAAAACCACAACAAACAAGAUUUCCAUCAGUAGGAGAAUCCCAUGGAAGAUGA